GGCUUCCAUGCAAAAUCAUACAAAGUUUUAUCUAAUACACUUGGUUUAAUGGGAAACAUGAAAGCUUCAUCACAUGCUCUCUGCAUACUCUCCUUACUUCUCUUGUUUGCUAGCUCUAUUUAUGGAAGGAAAGAUAUGGGAGAAUACUGGAGAGAUGUCGUGAAAGAUCAAUCUGUGGAAAUCAGUCUGAUCAGUGCAGAUCCUGCCAGGUCUCUCUCUAAUGAGAAACCUGAAAGCCAUGCAUUCGACAUUGAGCUGAGUCCUGAUGUUUCAAUUUACCACGACGAUAUCAAGCCAACCAAAGAAAAAAUCUUUGUUAAGAAUUUUGAACCGAGACCUGAUGUUUCAAUUUACCACAACGAUAUGAAACUAACCAAAGAAAAUUCUUUUGUAAAAGAUUUUGAGCCAAGACCUGAUGUUUCAAUUUACCACAAUAAUAUCAAACCUGAACAAAAAUCUUUCAUUAAUGAUUUUGAAUCAAAACCUGAUGUUUCUAUUUAUCAUAAUGAUAUUAAACCAACAACCAAAGAGAAACUCUUUAUUAAGUAUUUCGAACCAAGGCCGGACGUUUCAAUCUAUGACAACGGUGUUAAAGCAACUGGAAAAAAAUUCUCUCUUAGAGAUAUCGAGUCGAGUCCUGAUGCUACAAUUUAUGUUGAUUCAAGUCCUGAUGCUACAAUUUAUGUUGAUUCAAGUCCUGAUGCUACAAUUUAUGUCGAUUCAAGUCCUGAUGCUACAAUCUACCACGAGUGAAUGAACCAUGCAGAUGCUAGGUAGAGCCCCGUAUUAGUAUAAUGCUCAUAACUAGAAGAUUGAUCAGUUUGGUUUUCUAGGGCAUGCAAUAAUUGAGCAUGUAAUGUGUUGUUUAUGGAAGUUAAAAUGGGCUCAGCGUGUAUAAUUAAGCUAUGUAAUGUGUUGGUUUUCUAUAUGAAGUGCAGGAAGAAGUUCAGCCUGUGAGCAUUGUAAGAUAUGAUCAUUAAAUAAAGUCCUGCCAAGUUAAUUCUUCUUUAAAUAA